AUGACUAAACUACACUUUGACACUGCUGAAGCAGUCAAGAUCACUCUGCCAAACGGCUUAACAUACGAGCAACCAACUGGUCUGUUCAUCAACAACAAGUUCAUGAAGGCCCAAGACGGUAAGACAUACCCUGUCGAAGACCCUUCCACUGAAAGCACCGUCUGUGAAGUGUCUUCUGCCACCACCGAAGACGUUGAGUACGCUAUUGAAUGUGCCGACCGCGCAUUUCACGACACCGAAUGGGCCACCCAAGACCCAAGAGAAAGAGGUCGUUUAUUGAGCAAGUUGGCCGACGAAUUGGAAAGCCAAAUCGACUUGGUCUCUUCCAUCGAAUCCUUGGACAACGGUAAGACUUUGGCCUUGGCCCGUGGUGACGUUACCAUCGCCAUCAACUGUUUGAGAGAUGCCGCCGCCUACGCUGACAAGAUCAACGGUAGAACCAUCAACACUGGUGACGGUUACAUGAACUUCACCACUUUGGAGCCAAUUGGUGUCUGUGGUCAAAUCAUCCCAUGGAACUUCCCAAUCAUGAUGUUGACCUGGAAGAUCGCACCUGCUUUGGCCAUGGGUAACGUUUGUAUCUUAAAGCCUGCUGCCGUUACUCCUUUGAAUGCCCUAUACUUUGCCUCCUUGUGUAAGAAGGUCGGUAUCCCAGCUGGUGUCGUCAACAUCGUCCCAGGUCCUGGUAGAUCUGUCGGUGCUGCUUUGACAAACGACCCAAGAAUCAGAAAGUUAGCCUUCACCGGUUCCACUGAAGUUGGUAAGAGUGUUGCUAUCGACUCUUCUGAAUCAAACUUGAAGAAGAUCACUCUGGAAUUGGGUGGUAAAUCCGCUCAUUUAGUCUUCGACGACGCUAAUAUUAAGAAGACUUUGCCAAACUUGGUAAACGGUAUCUUCAAGAACGCCGGUCAAAUUUGUUCCUCCGGUUCAAGAAUCUACGUACAAGAGGGCAUCUACGAUGAACUUUUGGCCGCUUUCAAAGCUUACUUGGAAACCGAAAUCAAAGUCGGUAACCCAUUCGACAAGGCUAACUUCCAAGGUGCUAUCACUAACCGUCAACAAUUCGACACAAUUAUGAACUACAUCGACAUCGGUAAGAAGGAAGGUGCUAAGAUCUUAACUGGUGGUGAAAAGGUUGGUAACAAGGGUUACUUCAUCAGACCAACUGUCUUCUACGACGUUGAAGAAGACAUGAGAAUCGUUAAAGAGGAAAUUUUCGGCCCUGUCGUUACCGUGGCAAAGUUCAAGACUUUGGAAGAAGGUGUGGCAAUGGCAAACAGCUCCGAAUUCGGUCUAGGCUCCGGUAUCGAAACUGAAUCUCUAAGCACUGGUUUGAAGGUGGCAAAGAUGUUAAAGGCUGGUACCGUGUGGAUCAACACUUACAACGAUUUCGACUCUAGAGUUCCAUUCGGUGGUGUUAAGCAAUCCGGUUACGGUAGAGAAAUGGGUGAAGAAGUCUACCAUGCAUACACUGAAGUUAAAGCUGUCAGAAUUAAGUUGUAA